AUGGAAAGCAACAAACCAAAGCUGAGCGCCCGCGAGCAGGAGAUUGUAGCCAUUGUUUGGCAAUGCUUCAAGGCGGAGCCGCAGGUUGACACCGACAAGCUUGCCGAGCUCGGCGGCUUCAAGAACUCCAAAAGCGCCAGUACCACCUGGGGUAUGCUCAAGAAGAAGCUGAUGACUCACGGCGGAUCGGACAUCAAAGACACGCCGCCCAAGUCGACCGGCAAGCGCAAGAACGGCGACGCGUCCUUUGGCGAGACUCCGGGCAAGAAGCCCCGGGGAAAGGCGGCCAAGAAGGCCAAGGCUCCUACCAUCGAAUCCGAUGAUGACGACAACGCCGCUGAGUAG